CAGCCUGUAUCCACACAGACAAAGCUGAGCACCUCAGUCGCUCACGCCUGUAUUCUGUUGCACAUCCAGACCUCAUGGCUCUGAUCAUGAACAAUGAGCAGAAGAAACUCACUCAGACUCCACUGCUCAAGAUCUGGGUGCCGUGGAUGGGCUGCAACUUGAACCGCAGGAGGGGAUCCUCUGUGCCUCAGUUCUGUAACUCUCCCACGAUGAUUGUCAUGGUGGGGUUGCCAGCCAGAGGGAAGACCUACAUCUCCAAGAAACUCACUCGCUACCUGAACUGGAUUGGUGUUCCCACAAAAGUGUUUAAUGUGGGCCAGUAUCGCAGGGAGGCUGUGAAGACAUACAAGAACUUUGAGUUCUUUAAACCUGAUAAUGAAGAGGCCAUGAGGAUCCGCAAGGCCUGUGCAUCAGCUGCCCUCAAAGAUGUCAGUGCCUAUUUCACAAAGGAACACGGACAAGUAGCCGUCUUUGAUGCUACUAACACUACCAGGGAAAGAAGGGCCAUCAUUAUAAGUUUUGCCAAGGAAAGGGGUUACAAGGUUUUUUUUGUGGAAUCAAUCUGUGAAGAUCCUGAAAUUAUUGCAGAGAAUAUCAAGCAAGUGAAGUUUGGGAGUCCAGAUUAUGUGGACCGUGACAUAGAUGAAGCAAUGGAAGACUUCAUUCAGCGCAUAGAGUGUUACAGGGCGAACUACAUGUCUAUUGAUGAUGAGAAAGACAGGAAACUUUCCUACAUCAAGAUAUUCGAUGUGGGCAGUAGGUACCUGGUGAACCGAGUGCAGGACCACAUCCAGAGCAGAAUUGUCUACUACCUCAUGAACAUCCACGUCACCCCGAGAUCCAUCUACCUGAGCCGCCACGGAGAGAGUGAACUCAACCUUUCAGGACGCAUUGGUGGAGAUGCAGGCCUGUCCUCACGAGGCCAGAAGUACGCCAAUGCUUUGGCAACCUUCAUGCGUGGGCAGACUAUCAAAGACUUAAAGGUGUGGACCAGCCACAUGAAGAGGACCAUCCAGACUGCAGAAGCUCUGGGAGUCCAGUAUGAACAGUGGAAGGCCCUCAAUGAAAUAGACGCUGGUGUAUGUGAGGAGAUGACCUACGAGGAGAUCCAGGAGAAUUUCCCAGAGGAGUUUGCACUCAGAGACCAGGACAAGUAUCGCUACCGCUACCCCAAGGGUGAGUCCUAUGAGGAUCUGGUACAUCGUCUCGAGCCGGUCAUCAUGGAGCUGGAACGGCAAGAAAAUGUCCUGGUUAUCUGCCACCAAGCUGUGAUGCGCUGCCUGUUGGCCUACUUUCUAGACAAACCUGCAGAUGAGCUGCCCUAUCUCAGAUGCCCUCUGCACACGGUGCUCAAACUUACACCAGUAGCUUACGGCUGUAAAGUGGAGUCAUUUUUCCUCAAUAUUGAAGCAGUCAACACACACAGAGAAAGACCAGUGAACGUUAAUAUCAACAGAAACCCAGAAGAAGCUCUACACACUGUUCCUGACCACAUAUAAGCACAGGCAGACUAGAAACUGGAUGCACCGCUGCUGAUAAACUUCACUAAAUAUUAGAUAUGGACUCUGAAAGAGGCAAGUGGAGCUUGAGGUACACAUUAAAACCCUCCAAAGAGAAGUACAUGGACUCAUCCUACAGUGAAGAAACUCUGCGUUCAAUAUGUCUAUGAAAUAUUAUCAGUCUGUUUCCUUUUUUUUUUUUACAAUGUGGAAGUGUCAUAUUGUUUACAAAUUGUAAAGAAGACAAUGAAAUGUAUAGAAGGUAAGAGAGAACAUGUUUAAAAUGAUGUAAGCAGGUCAUUAUAAUGGCUAUAAAGUCUAUAAACACAUGUAACUGUACAGAUGAUAAUAAUAUGUUGUCAAUAAUGUAAUUAUUGAGGAAGGAAUCAGCACCAUGGACAGCAACCAAACAAACAAAUCACUGAGUCAAACACUUGUAAUGUAGAUGCCCAAAUCCAAGAGACUUGAAUGGGAUGGUGUAAAUAAAUAAUUUAAUGAGAUAUA